AUGAGUCCAACCACAUUGCAACUACGUGACCAACAACCUCAUAUUGAAGGAAAGUAUGAGCCCAACCAUCUCCAAAACUACGUGACCAACAAUCUCAAAUUGAAGGAGGUACGAGCCCAACCACAUUGCAACUACGGACCAACAAACCACACGGUAUCUACACCACAUUGCAACUACGUGACCAACAACCUCCUUAUAUUGAAGGAAGCGAGCUCAACCACAUUGCAACUACGUGACCAACAGCCUCAUAUUGAAGGAAGUAUGAGCCCAACCACAUUGCAACUACGUGAUCAACAGCCUCAUAUCGAAGGACGAUUGAGCCCAACCACAUUGCAACUACGUGACCAACAACCACAUAUGGAAGGAAGUAUGCGCCCAACCAAAUUGCAAUUACGUGACCAACAGACUCAUAUUGAAGGAAGUAUGAGCCCAACCACAUUGCAACUACGUGACCUACAAACUCAUAUUGAAGGAAGUAGGAGCCCAACCAUAUUGCAACUACGUGACCAACAACCUCAUAUUGAGGGAAGUAUGAGCCCAACCACAUUGCAACUACGUGACCAAAAAACCUCAUAUAUUCAAGGAAGUAUGCGCCAAGGAUACGCAACUACGUGA